AGGAGCGUGAACAACGGUGCGUGGGGCCCCUUGAAGCGCGCGCCCGGCGCCCGCCCACCAAGGCAGCCAUCUACCUACCUACCCCCGUACGUACCUACCCAUGCGCACCCCGCCCGUCCGCCCGCCCGAGCGAGCGAGGCCAGGCGCGCGCGGAGACGGUCCAGGAGGCUGGAUAUGUACCACUAGGUGCGUCGCCCUGCGCGCCAGAUAGAUGGAAGGGCGGACGCCGAUGGCGGACGGAUGGGCGGCCCAAGGCCCAAGGACGGACGACCUACCCAAACCACGCAUCCAUCUGCAGUGGUUGGUGGCAGCACGUCACGACACGAGUCCUGUGCGAGACUUUUGGAGCGACUAUGUAUGUGUGGAAUGCAAAGUUGUUGGUUUCUUUCUUUCUGCUUCUAUUUGUACGAGGGAGCUACCUGCGUAAGACAAAGGAAAACGGGUAGCCGAGGUGCGUGUGUGUGUGUCGCGUGUAUGUAUGUAUGCAUGUGGAUACGUAGCGUGAUCCAGCAUCCAUCAGCCCAACACCAAAGAAGGAAGGAAUGGGGGGUGUGGGGGAAAGCAAGCGAUGAGGACGUCAACGUCCCUACCUAAUUAACCAAGCCAGACCGAAAAAAGGAAAACAAAAAAAGGUUGCAGAGCGACGCACGCUGCUGUCGUGGUAUCUAGUUCCAAAUGAAGAAGCGAACAAGAA